AUGGAGAGUAGCGUUCAGCCGCACCCGAAUCAAGGCGCAACAAUCCCCGUUCCCUCACCCACAACUCCAUUCUGGCGCAGUCAGAAACAUCACCUCGAUAGUCACCGCAGCACGCCCGAUCUGCCAAAGGAGCAAGACAUUGUCAUUGUGGGCGCCGGGUUCUCUGGGGCCUCUUGCGCAUAUUACAUCUCCCAGCUCAUGCAAUCUGCCACUUUGCCGCCACGCACCACAUGCACAAUUCUCGAGGCGAGAGACGCCUGCUCCGGUGCCACGGGUCGAAAUGGAGGUCAUUUGCGUCCAGACUCGCUGGCCACGUUUCAGAGGUAUGCGCCGACAUACGGCGUCCAAGCGGCCAGUGAUAUUGCGCUCUUUGAGUUGGACAAUUGCAGGGCAGUCAGAGACAUCAUUAGGGCGGAGGAAAUCGCCUGCGACUACACGGAAGUCAUUUCCUCCAGCGUCUUCUUGGACGACUCUCAAGCCGAGGAGGCAAAGAGGCUACUCGGCGAGCUCGUUGCUGAGGGACACGACAUUUUGCAAAAGUUCAAGUAUUAUCAAGGUCAACAGGCCGAAGAAGUAUCUGGGGUGAAUGGUGCCAAGGGGCCGACCACGUUUCAAGCAGCAUGUCUUUGGCCUUACAAACUAGUCAUGCAUCUCCUUGCCGUCGCCACCUCCAAGGGCGUUCAUCUCCAAACCAAUACUCCCGUCUUAGCGACCUCCAACGACCCGGAUGUCAACGGAUACUGGACUUUAUCUACACCUCGUGGUGAUUUAAGGGCAAAAAAGAUUAUUUUUGCAACCAACGGCUACACAAGCCACUUGCUACCUCAAUACAGCAGUGCCAUUGUGCCAGUCCGCGGUAUCUGCAGCCAUAUCAUCUCUCACGCAGGCACUCCCUCCGUAUCAAAGACUAUCAUGACAAUGGGCAUCAAGCAUGGCCCCGGACAGCACGACUACCUCAUAACAAGACCAGACCGGAGCAUAAUUGUCGGUGGUGCAUGGAAAGCGGUUCGUCGCGGCCCAAGAGAAGACUGGCACAACGUCACCGAUGAUUCGCGAUUGAUUCCCAUUGCAGAAAACUACUACAAUGGUUUCAUGAACCGGACCUUCAAGUCUUGGGAAAAGACAAAAGCAGACGUAGAUUACCUCUGGACUGGAAUCAUGGGGUACACUUCCGACGAAGUUCCCCAUGUAGGCCAAAUACACGAAAAGCCUGGCCAAUAUUUAUGCGCGGGGUUCAAUGGGCAUGGCAUGCCGCAGGUUCUUUUGUGUGCCAGGGCCACAGUCAAGAUAGCGCUCGAAGGUUGCGGUUUUGCUGAAACAGGUGUUCCACCGGUGUUCAAGACCAGCGUCGAGAGAACCGCUGCUGCAAAGAAGUGA